AGUAAGAUGGAAGAUGAGGAGGUCGCUGAGAGCUGGGAGGAGGCGGCAGACAGCGGGGAAAUAGACAGACGGUUGGAAAAAAAACUGAAGAUCACACAAAAGGAGAGCAGGAAAUCCAAAUCUCCUCCCAAAGUGCCCAUUGUGAUUCAGGACGAUAGCCUUCCCACGGGCCCCCCUCCACAGAUCCGCAUCCUCAAGAGGCCCACCAGCAACGGUGUGGUCAGCAGCCCCAACUCCACCAGCAGGCCUGCCUUUCCUGUCAAGUCCUUAGCACAGCGAGAGGCAGAGUACGCCGAGGCCCGGAAACGGAUCCUGGGCAGCGCCAGUCCUGAGGAGGAGCAGGAGAAACCCAUCCUCGACAGGCCAACCAGAAUCUCCCAACCUGAAGACAGCAGGCAGCCCAAUAAUGUGAUCAGACAGCCGUUGGGUCCUGAUGGGUCACAAGGCUUCAAACAGCGCAGAUAAAUGCGGACAAGGAAAGGAUGCCACUGCUGUCGCCGCCUUUUGGGUCGUCCGCCACGGGUCGCACUGCCGUGGCAGACAGCUGGACUUGAGCAGAGGGAACGACCUGACUUACUUGCACUGUGAUCCCCUCUGCUCCGCCCACUGUGACCUUGAACCCCAUGCACUGUGACCGCCUUCCUUCUCCCCCUUCCCACUGUGAUUGGCACGUCUAUAAGGGCUGUCCCAAGUCAAUGGAAAGGGAAAGGGUUGGGGUGAGGGGAGUUGGGGGUUGGAGGGACCCAUCAAGGACUCAGAGUAGAGAGUCAGACAGUGCCAUUUGGCCACUUGGGGUAAAGCCAGUGCCAGCAAUAACAGUUUAUCAUGCUCAUUAAUUUGGGAUAUCAGAACACAAUUGAGAACUCCUACCUACCUAUCUACCCACCCCAAA